AUGUGGAUUCCCCAUGCUGGAAUAAUUCCUUACUGUAUACGGUCAGUUGGUUUGCCAUCCAACUUAUUAGUCAAUAACGAAAAACAUGUCAUUCAUGGAACAUCAAUUACAUUCGAAACAUUACAAAGAGAAAACAUAACAAGUCAACAAUUAUAUUUAUUAUCUGCACCUAUCGAUGUUAUUGAACGAUAUCAAGCAUUUCUUGAAAAUUCGCAGUCGUCUGUAUCAACACAAAUAUUUAAUAAUUGUUCAGAACUAUGGUUCGGUGAAUAUUGUCAAUAUUCGUUUAAUUUAACGUUGUCAUUCUAUGAUAUUGUACGGGCUUAUCUCUUUCAUAUGUCACUUGAAAACGAUAAAUUAUCUAAGAAUGAAACAUGUUAUACAUUCAUAGAAUGUAAUCGCGGUCCACCACCAUCCUGUAUCGACUGGCGUGAAAUAUGUGAUGGAAAGAUUGAUUGUUUGGAUGAUGGUCGAGAUGAAGUUGAUUGUGAACAGUUACAUAUGAAUGAAUGCAAAGAGGAUGAAUUUCGUUGUAGUAAUGGAUUCUGUAUUCCAAAAGAAUUUUUCAAUGAUGAGCCUGAUUAUCCGGAUUGUAUCGAUCGUUCGGAUGAACAAAUCGAUGGAUCUAAUUACACAGAUGAAAUGAAUUGUCAAGAUUGGCCUUGUAACAAUGCAUACACGCGUUGUGAUGGAAAAUGGAAUUGUCGUAAUGCAGUUGAUGAAGCUAACUGUUCUGAUAAUCCAUGUCGUCCAGAUGGUCAUCCUUGUAUAUUACCACAACCAAAAGAUGCCAAUCAAACCUAUUAUAUACGUAUCGAUAUCUAUAAUAAAGAAGAAAAGGAAUAUUGUGUUUCCAUAUUCUAUCCUAUUCAAUAUUCAUUCUUACCAGUACAUCGUCUUUCACUACAAGUGAGUGUUCCAAUACGUGAAGUUGCAAUCAAAUCGAAAAAAUGUCCUUUGAAAUGUUUGCAUGGACGAUGUAGACAUUUUUGGAAUUCUGAUAAAUAUUUCUGUCAAUGUUCUGAUGGUUAUUCUGGAAUAUUAUGUACGAUGAAGAAUUCAUGUGAUUGUUCAUCAGACUCGAUCUGUGUUGAAGUUGUCAACAAUCGAUCGAUAUGUGUUUGUCCUCUUGAUAAAUUUGGACCACGUUGUUAUUUGAAAAGGACUUUAUGUAAUUCAAAUUCAUGUUCUGAUAAUGGCCGAUGUAUUGUUGGUGAAGAAAAAAUUUCCGAAACAGAACACUAUUGUCUUUGUUCUCAAGGGUACAUGGGUUCAAGAUGUGAAAAGUCAGAAAGAAAAAUUGAAUUUCUUUUUGUUAAAACUAUACUCCUUCCACAAACAAUAUUCAUUCACUUUAUCGAUAUUCCAGCAGAAUAUAGCGUACCUUCUGGACAAGCUGCUCCUGAUCCAACACAGAUAACCAUGAUAUCAAAAUUAAAGUUUCAUGAAAAUUCUACUUUUGUUUAUUAUGGAGGAAGAUUUCAUUUAAUAUUCGUAGAAUUUUAUCAAAAUUAUUAUCUUGCUCUACUUCAACAUAAUUCUACAUUACCAAUGAAUAUUUCUACAACAAUUAUUCCUGAACAUCGUUGUUUAUCAAUCAAUGAACUAUUACCUGAUCAUAUUCAAAAAUUAUCACAAUGGAAUCGUGCUAAACAUUAUCAUAUUCCAUGUCAAAACCAUACAAAUCUUGCAUGUUUUUAUGAUAAUGAUUAUUUCAUGUGUUUAUGUGACAUCGAUCGAUAUGCAAAUUGUUUUAAAUUCAACUAUCAUCCCGCUCACAAUUGUUUAGGAUAUAAUUAUUGUGAAAAUGAUGGUCAAUGUUAUGUCGACAAUAGAACUUGUCCAACAACAUCGGCAUGUUUAUGCAAAGAAUGUUAUUAUGGUGGUCGAUGUCAAUUUACAACAACAGGGUUUGGUCUAUCACUCGAUGAUAUUCUUAGUUAUAAUAUAUGGCCCAAUGUUCCUUUCACACGACAACCGACAGUAGUAAAAAUCAGUACAGGUUUGACCACAAUUAUGUUUGGCAUUGCAAUUAUCAAUGCUAUUGCGUCUAUUAUCACUUUUCAAACGAAACAAUCACUUCAAAUUGGUGCUGGUCUUUAUCUACUUGCAUCAUCAAUCACAUCUUGAUGUUCAGAGAAAUUUUGUUUGACAGAUUUAACAGAACAUCGUCAAGCACUUCACAAAGAAUACGACAAAAUUAUCACCGAUUGUGAUGAAUUUCGACAAAAACUUAUUGAACAAAAAGCUAAUCCAAAUCAGCGUCUAUUGAUACAACAAAUUGUUGAAUGGGAAAAAAAUUCAAUUAAAAAAAUUAAACAAACAUCAGAAGAAUGUAGACAAAUAUUACUUAAACACACUGAUGACAACAUUAUUGAAACAGAAAAGAAAUUAGAUAAAUUUGUUUUAAAAUCGCGACAAAUUCGUCAAGAUGAUGAAUUUAAUGAAAUUCAUUUAAAUCAACUGAAAACGCUAUUAGAAGAACUGGAAAAAGAACUUGAUCAACCAUCAAAUUUCUCGAUUCAAGAAGGUUCUACACCAUUUAUAAACAAAAUUUCAGUCUCAACAAACGUUAAUAAAACCCAUAAUAUUAAUCAAAAUGCUAUUGAUUUAAGUGGCACAUGGAAAUGUGAUGAUGGUGGGUUGUAUUAUAUUCGACAAUUGGAUAAUGUAAUGUGGUGGUUUGGUACACAAAAGCUUGCAAUCAGAUGUCAACCAAAGUUUUCCAAUAUUCUUCAUGGAAUAAUCGAUUCAUCAGUGAUAAAUGCGCAAUGGUGUGAUGUUCCAUUAGGUCGAGAUCGUCAUAGUGGUUCAAUUAUAUUAGAAAUCAUUGGUGUAAAUAAAUUUAAAAAAACGUCAUGUGAAGGACCUUUUGGUGGUUCAAUAUGGCAAAGGCAAUAA